AUGAUGUCCUCCAACGUCCUAUCACGUUUCCUCCCCCCGAACGACUCGCCGUCAGUCUACGAAGCCAUCCGCCAGCAUGACGCCGGUUCUGAUACCUCCGAUGUCGAAGAGCGCGCCGGAAUGGCGGACAAUCAACAGGAUCAUUUCAGUGAUCGCGAACUCGAGGAAGCCUUGGCCGAUGCGAGGGAUAGUGAGAUCGUCAGCCCGAGCACGGCGCUUUUGGAUCAAGGGCCAUCGCGCACGGCACUUGGCGUCCCCCACGCCUCUCCAUCGCGCUCACGCCGUCGCAAACCAUCCCGCUCUCGGUGGAUGGCACAUUCCUCCUCGCCAGGCGAUGAACUUGACGAUCACGAUGAGGAUGUUCCUCCGUCGCUGCUGGUGGAGGGUCCGGACGAGGAUCUCAAAUCACGCCUUCCUCCUCCCCCCCCAUCAUGA